AUGAUUCAACAUACAGCAAUGGACGACGAUCAGACUUAUAUGCGCCGACCCUCCGGACCUUUUUCAUCGGAACCGGGACUACCCACGAAUCGACCAACUUCCCGCUCAUCACGGCCGAGUUCACGGGCGCGAAUGGGGAAGCCGUCAGGGGCGGUCACCCCCACCGGCCUGGGGGUGCUCGCAGAGAAUGUAGUGAAUGUGCCCACAGACACCAUGGGGCCGACGAGCCCGAUUAAGGAAGGACUAGGGAGCUUGAAUCGCUGGUCUCAGUCCACCGCAUCGAGCAUCAGCCCAUCGGAGUAUAACGGCCACCAUCGGCGGGGGAGCUCGAAACUGUCCAUCACGGGCUACCAUCGUCCAUUGGGAGCGCAAAGUCCCCAAAGAACGACCGGGGCCAAUGGAUUGCCACUGUUUAACCUCCCAGAGCUGGAGAAUUCGGCCAUAUUUAACACGGACUCGACAUCACACCAACUGGACCUUUCAUUUACGGCAUCAAACAGUCUCUUUCGGCCCUCGGUGCAUAAUGGCCAGACAGAUAUAGACGUCCAGGAUCAUCCGAUGACUCGAGCCAAUGGACCGAUUGUAUUUAACGAAGAGGGAGGCCCGGAAAGCCGACAACACGGACAAACGCAAAAGGCGAUGUUGUCCAAGGCACUUCAAAAAGCGAACACGGCAGUUUUACUGGAUAAUGCCGCCAAUUUCGAGGGGGCUAUGGAGGCUUAUACGGACGCCUGCAAUUUAUUACAGCUGGUCAUGCUGCGUAGUAAUGGCGGAGAUGAGGAGAAACACAAACUCCAAGAAAUUCGGGAUACUUAUAUGAUACGAGUGACAGAGCUGCACCGCAUGGACUUUCCCGUCCCAGAGAGCGACGACAAAGCCCUCCCAGACAGACCGCUCAGUCAAGAGUCAUAUGGAGAGCUGCUCCACCUAACGCAUGAUGACUCCCACGAUGAGAGCCAGCAGAGCUCUGCCCAUUCUAGCUUUGGAUUGCAUCAAAUGCCUUUCGAAGAAACCAAAGCAUUCUCUCUAGAAUCAAUUCCCCCGCGGCGUCAAUCUUUGAAGCCAUCUGCGAUGGAAGAUCAACCCCGAUCGAUCGCUUUGAUGGUCCAAGAGGAGCCCCAAGAAUCCACCUCAUGGCUGGAUACAAUUGAUGAAUCAGGGGCCUCGUCGCCUUCAUCCGCAAAUUCGAAAGCCUCGUCGGUAUAUCUUCGCCGCCGGACAAGUCGGCGUCUCAGCAAUGAUACCGAGGCGCAAUUCGACGCCGCUCUGGAUGCAGCUGUCGAGGCCGCAUACGACGAGGGCCUGGAGCCAGUAUUGGAAUAUAAGGAGGAUGAAAUGAAUGAUGACAUUGUUUCAAACGCUCGCAGGAAUAUCGAGUUAGCCAAACAAAGAGUGCGCGAGGCUGAACUGGAGGCCGAGGCCAUGAACCGGGACCACGAGCAGCGCCGUAUCCAUGAGCAAACACACCCGGGUGAUGAUGGUCCAAUUACCCGUAGCUCGGCUUAUCUGGAUGACGAAGCCGAGGAGGAAGAACGUUUGCUGGAGGAGAUGACCAAGGGCUAUAUAAUGGAUGAUUUUGAAUUUGGCAUUCAGUCCAAAUCAGCUCUUCCUCGUGAGUCUGAUUCAAGCAACGUCUCUGGAAAGACCUGGGAUUCUGCAACGUCCAACCCUGCAAGCAUUGGCGGCGCUGCAGCCUUGUCUACCCUGGCCGAGGAUGAUGUCUUGCCACUAGGGGACAUGAGGCCUGAGCCCUACAGCAGGCCUGGCUCUCCUCCAUCGUCGGCUUUGCCACCUCUUCCAGUUUCCUCUGAUUUCCCAACUCCUUCUAAGCGGACCUCAGUGUCUGGCCGCGCCGGGUCAAUUGGCUCUCUGGCUUCUUCCGCCGGUCUAGGGGUUCGAGCACGGAGACUUUCGAGCACUCGUGAACUCAAGAUCGAGACCAAUACCCGCUCUUCUCGAGCCAAUUCCAAUGCGUCAUCGGCUCUGGACCCUCUCGCAAACGCUCCUCCACCGGUGCCAAAGGAUGAUUCUUUGUUCUCUGGCACACGUUCCAAUCUACACCCAACACAACGCAACCCAUCGAUGGGCUCCCUUCUGGAGCAUGUCAAUCUUUCCCAGGCCCGCACCCAUGAAGAUGACGAGAGCGAGCUACCGCCUUUGCCGCGGCCCAUGGGCAAAGUACCCUCCGCUCCAGAUGGAUUUGAUAAGAUGCACUCCAACACCAAGGCUUUCCGGUCUCGGAAUGCGUCAGUCCCCAUUCAAAUACCAGAUACCGAACCGGGAUCCCCUACUACACCAUGGAGUGGCGGGUUCCCGGAUACUCAACGGAGUGCAUUGCCCGGCAGUAUUCCUAUCAUGCCCACCCCAACUCUUGCGAACUUCAACUUUGCUCAGAAUGGACUGCCAAGUGGCGGACUGAACUUAUUGAGCAGCAACAUCCACUCUCCUUCCGCUCUUGGCCGGCCAAACUCGAUGGUCGCAAAUGCACCGAUGCCUCUCGAGCCUUGCCCUGAGUCAUUCCUUCUACGUCCAUUCUGGUUGAUGCGGUGUCUAUAUCAGACUCUCGCCAACCCACAUGGAGGCUAUAUAUCAGAAAAGCUUUUCAUUCCCCGGGAUGUCUGGCGCGUCAAGAAUGUCAAAUUGAAAGCCUUGGAAGAUAAGGUUUCUAACUGCGAUCUCUUGACAGCUGCCCUGCUUAAAUUAGCCAAGGUUGAUUCAUACGAUGCCGACGCCGUUCUGGUAGAGAUGCAAUCAUUUGAGGGUGUUCUCGACCAGGUUCAAAGCUUCUUGUCUAAGAAACUGGGUAAUGAUGUUGGCGUACAGGCCUCAAUGCCCUUGUUUAAGCCAGCUUCCACCCCCGAUGAGCCCGCUCAUGCCGAAGCCGCCCCCAACAAAUCCUACCUCACCUGGAAAAGAAUCCGUGCAAAGACAUCUGGGCUCGGGACCACCACCCCUACUCCCAGUGCUCGAGAGAGCAAUAAAGAUAACCUGACUCUGAACUCGGUCCCGAUGACUUCCGUGAACGGAGGGCAGGUGAAGCGCAAUGUCACAGAGCUUGAAUUCUCAGGACCCAAUGCCAACUACAUGGGGGCAUUGGCUCGCCUGUUUGAUGCUGCCCAAGUACUAGAACAAAUCGCUCACCAAGUUGAGGACCCUGGACUCAAACACUCCUCCAAAACCCACGUUGGUCUUGAACUUAGCACGCGCCAUGCUGCCGAGUUCUUUGGCUUUUACAUCUGCCGUUUCGCACUGGCUGAUGUGAGCUUGAUGCUGGACAAGUUCAUCAAGCGUGGUAGUGAGUGGGUGUUGGUCUAG